AUGGCUACUAGAUUCUCAAAUUCUGUUUCAUUAAAAGCUGCUGAAAAAGGAACCAAUUAUUCCAUAACACUUGUCUGUUGUACAUCGUACAACGAUAAAGAAAAUACAGGUGGAAUUUCAAUUCAAUGUCUUGAAAACACUCAGUUAUCAACUUGUAUGACUGUAUCGGAUGAAACAUUACAAUCAGCAAGUUUACAAUGUGUUAGACAAGCUUUCAUACUGGCCAGAAAAGCAGGUGCUACUUCAGUUCGCAUUGCUAUCGAUUCUGAUUAUAUUUACAAUGUUUAUACAAAAUCGCUUGAAAAUUGGAAAAAAUGUAAUUAUAUAUUAUCAUCAGGCAAAAAGGUGGCAAAUCUGGAUCUUAUUCUUGAUAUUGAUCAAAAGUGUUCAGAUAUUCAAACACAAUUUCAAUUAUUAAAACAAAACGAUGUUUACAUAAUAACAGGAAAACGCUUGGCAAAAUCUGUAUACACUCAUUAA